CCAGCGAGGGGCUUGGGCGAACGCCAGUGAGAGUCGCGCCGCCAGUGCGGUGGAGCAGGAAGGUGACGAGUGGGCUGCGCUGGCGGAGUAGCCGUGCUAGUGUGGCGAACGACAAGCGAGGAUGGCUGCGGACAGUCCGCGGACACCGCUGUCGCUGCUGCCGCCGCUGCUGCUGCUGCUACUGGCGAUGACGGGCUCGGCGCUGGCGCUGGAAGGGCCCAACGUCUGCACCAAACAGGAGACGUACACGAAGGCGAUCCGUACAUCGUACCUGGCGCCGUACCGGGUCCGGACCGUCACCUGGUGCCUGGGCCUGCCGCCUUUCUGCACGAAGUACAAGACGGCCUACACGACCAAAUACAAAACGGAGGCCAAGGUCAAGACGCGGACGGUGGAACUGUGCUGCAAGGGCUACACUGAGUCUGGCAACCGUUGCCACGCGGUCUGCUCGCCCGAGUGCCUGCACGGCCGCUGCGCCGAGCCCAACACGUGCGUCUGCGAGUCUGGCUACGGCGGCCCCACCUGCGAGCUCUCGUGUCCGGCCGGCAAGUGGGGUCGUGGCUGUGUGAACGAGUGCGCCUGCCUGAACGGCGCCAGCUGCGACCCACUGAGCGGCGCGUGCUCGUGUGCGCCCGGCUGGCGCGGCGACCGAUGCCAGGAAUCAUGCCCGGCCAACACGUACGGCCUGGGGUGCGCCGAGCCGUGCCAGUGCGCCAACGGCGGCCGCUGCGACGCCGCCUCCGGCGCGUGCAACUGCCUGGCCGGCUGGACGGGCCCGCUCUGCCAGGACCACUGCCCGCCGGGCACGCACGGCGACCAGUGCACCCAACGCUGCCAGUGCCAGAACAACGGCUCGUGCAACCCCGAGGACGGUAGCUGCAUGUGCACGCCCGGAUGGGAGGGUGACGUCUGCGGCAACCGAUGUGUUCGUGGCUCCUGGGGCCAGGACUGCGAGCGCCGCUGCUCCUGUUACAACUCGGCCACCUGCAACCACGUGACGGGCGUGUGCGAGUGCACGGCCGGCUUCAGGGGGGCUCAGUGUCAGGAGCAGUGUCCGCUAGGCACAUGGGGCCUCGACUGCGCUGGCAACUGCACGUGCGACAACGGCGCCACGUGCAACAUAGCGGACGGCAGUUGUCAGUGCGAGCCGGGCUGGACGGGCGCCAACUGCAGCCGCCGCGUGUGCGAACCGGACCGCUUCGGCCAAAACUGCGUGGGCGUGUGCACGUGCGACCCCAACAACACCGAACAGUGCCACCCCUGGACGGGCGAGUGCAAGUGCAAGCAGGGCUGGGCUGGCCGUCUGUGCGUGCGGCCGUGCGCCUACUACAGGUUCGGCGAUGGCUGCCAGGGCCUGUGCAACUGCAAGAACGGCGCCUUCUGCGAUCAGUUCAACGGCACGUGCACGUGCAGCGCAGGCUACAUCGGCGAAGACUGCGGCACCCACUGCCCGGCCGGAUGGUACGGCCGCGGCUGCCGGCUGGCCUGCGACUGCGCCAACGGCGCCGCCUGCAGCCACGAGGACGGCCACUGCAACUGCACGGCCGGCUGGUCGGGCCUCAGCUGCAGCUCGCCCUGCCCGGCCGGCAAGUACGGGCUCGGCUGCAGAAGCAACUGCCUGUGCCAGGGCGGCGCCGCCUGCGACCCUGUCGACGGCAGCUGCGUCUGCGCCGCCGGCUUCAAGGGUGAACUGUGCACGGAGAAGUGUGACGAGUUCACCGCCGGCAUCGGGUGCAAGCUGCGCUGCUCCUGUGUCAAGGAGAACAGCGAGGGCUGCGACCCGGUCACCGGACGCUGUAUCUGCAAGCCCGGCUGGCGAGGUGUUAGGUGUGAGACGCAGUGUCAGGAGGGCCGCUACGGGCCAGAAUGCAAGGACGUGUGCCACUGCAAGAACCACUCGUCGUGCGACCCCAAGUCGGGCCUGUGCACGUGCGCGCCCGGCUGGAAGGGCUCCGACUGCACCGUACCCUGCGAGGAUGGCCGGUUCGGUCUGGCGUGCCUACAGACCUGCCCCGACUGUGCACACGUGACAGGCGACGGCACCUGCGACGCCGUGACGGGACGGUGUCCGUGCGCGCCGGGCUUCGCCGGCCAGCUCUGCUCCGAGUCCUGCCCGCGCGGCAAGUACGGCCUCAUGUGCCUCAAGAGCUGCGACUGCGACCAGAACGCCGAGUGCGACCCCGUGACCGGGGAGUGCCGGUGCUACGCCGGCUGGCGCGGCGAGCGCUGCAGUAAGCGCUGUCUGCCCAACACGUACGGCAUGAACUGCGCCCAGAAGUGCGAGUGCCUCAACAACGCUACCUGCCGUCCGCUGGACGGCGCCUGCAGGUGUCCUCCCGGCUGGACAGGGGCGAGGUGCCAGGAGAUAUGCCCGGAGGGCUACUACGGCAUCCAGUGCAUGGAGACCUGCACCUGCAAGUCCAACAACUUCAUGUGCCACCCGGUCCAGGGCUGCAUCUGUCGGUUCGGCCACACCGGUGAGGAGUGCGACAUUCCGAUCCGGUCGUCGAGCCUGCUGACGGACCCGGCCGGCGGGCCGGGCACGGCCGGCGUGUCGGCCAUCGUCGUGAGCGUGCUCAUCCUGGUGGCGCUGGUGGUCAUCCUAGUCAUCAUCUACUACCGGCGUCGACUGUACCGGCUCAAGAAGGAGCUGCACCAGGUGGUGCAGUACUUCCCGGAGAACAAGGACCCGACAGACCCGCAUCAUUUCGACAACCCGGUGUACGCCUACCCGGGGGGUAAGACGCGCGCCGACCCGCUGCCGCUGCCGCCCAACAUCCCGCCGCUGGUGCAGAACGACCUGGGCGGCGCCACGCCCGCCAAGCAGCUGGCCCUGGACGAGGAUGAGGAAGGCGCCGUUGGGUACGACCCCACCCUCCUGUCGAAGAAGAUGAAGAACUGCAGACAGCGGCAAUCCAAACAUAUACAACAGCAUCGAGGACCUGAAGGCCGACAACAAGAAAAUGGAGCACGUGUACGACGAAAUCAAAGGCGCCAGGGUGAUGCUGGAGGAGGGUGGCGCGGAAAGCCCGCUGCUGACAGCGCCCGGCCGUGCUGUUUCCCCGUUCGACGUGCAGUGGAGCUUCCAGCAGGAGUCCGGCCGCCGUCCAGAGACCGAGUACGACCGGCUGGACCACGUGCGCGCCACCAACGCGCCAAAGCCGCACUACACGCAGAUGGACGGCACGCUGCGCAAGUCCAAGUCGAAGAUCAUGGACAGUGAUGAGGACAACGAGUCCGCGGGGUCGUAGUGUCUGCGGACGGGCAGUCGAACGGGUGCGAACGCGCCGUGGGUCGGCACGAUCGGGGCCGCCGGCGCGUCCCCGGUGCGUGCCCGGCCUGUGAGACGUACCCUUGCUCGGCUGUCCACCGGUGGCGAGGGCAAGUGCUGUGCUGAGGCUCGUGUGAAAGACGCACGGUGAGCGGCUGCUGGGUGGUCCGGACUUCCGCGCGGAUGCGCGGCCUCGAGCGGUGCUCGUGCUCCGGUUGUAGCACCGGUGAGUUGUGCUGCGGUGCUCGUGCCCUGGUUGUAGCACCGGUGAGUUGUGCUGCGGUGCUCGUGCCCCGGUUGUAGCACCGGGGAGUUGUGCAGCGCGCUUGCGUGCUAUGAACACGGGCCGGGUCGUGUUCUUUGUUUACCCACGACGUGGAGCUUUUUGGUCCCCGUCGUCACACACAUUAUGUCAUUUUAGGGGCUUGUGCAGGGAAUGGGCGUCAUACGAGCCGAUGGGUGGGAGGCACGACGCGUGCGCUUCCCUGCUUGCAUUGGUUGAUUUAUUUUACCAUGUGUAUAUUAUUUUUGCGAGUUAUUUUCUACACUUGUCUCGUAGUAAGAGACUGAUGCACAAAAUCACCGCAAAGUUUCCUUCGGGUGGAUGCGGUGAGUUUUACCUUUUAAAAGUUGGCUUGCAAUGGUUACCGGAGGAUCUUUCCAGCUUUGGCGAUCCUAUGCUCUCUUUGUUAGCCAGUUGACUAACUAUUGCUAACAUAUCUCACGGUCAGCUUCCCAAAUGGUCACAUCACAGAAUAUGUCCUAGUCUUUCGCGCGGACAAAGCUCACACGUCUUUCGCGGUGAACGCGGUGUGUGUGCUCUGCAUUACGCCAUGUCUGUUCAGUGACCAACGACGGGUGCGUAGUGCGCCAGGAGGGCUCAAGAUGCCAAUGUUUCGGCGCAUUUCAGGACUCCUUUCGUAACUUUUAUUUUCUCUAGGUUUACGUGGCACCAAAGGUUACCGAAGUGAAAUGUUAUCGAACAUAUAUGCUUAAGGGUAUAUAUAUAUAUAUAUAUAUAUAUAUAUAUAUAUAUAUAAUUGGCGUGGAUUGGUGACUGCGCGUGCCGUUGAUGGUGUCGGCUCUCCACUCGCAGCGAGAUAUCGAGUGAAUGUCUGUGAUGUCGUUGUUGCUGUGUCGUGUCAUUCCAGCCCCAUAUCACAGCCGCCGACUUCCCCGGAGUCGUCGGCGGCCCGUCACAUCGCUAUGCAAACAUAUGCUAAGUGUGGGGCAGAGUGAGGGCCCCGUGUGGAAGGGGAGGGGUGGGGUGUUGAGUCGGUUUAUUGGCUCGACUUCUUGUUUUAUAUUGCGCUGUUGGUGAUUUCGUGUAGAGGAGCUGGCGAAUCUGAAUUCGAGUUUUUCUGCGCAGUGUAUAACGUUUAAUUACCACAUGUGGCGAUUGAAACGGGGUGUUAGUUGCACGGAUGGAAUCAUUGCGCGGACUUCCGUCCUGGCCUAGGGUGUGUUGGUAUGCACACGACGUUUCAUCCAGUGAACUCUCCGGCCGUUGUCAGGUGUCAGGUGACCCCCGGGAAGGACUGGAUGAUGCGUAGAUUCCCGCCAUGCAUGCGUCACGACCCGAAUGCCCCGGAAGUGCUGGGAUUCGACAGGGCCUUCAGGUCCAAGUUCUGAUUGGUUGACAACUUAAAAGUUCGAAUCCUGGUUCUAAUUCCAGCAAUUAAAGCUCUGGCUUCAGUCCAACAACGUCCAAAUUAUUUCCGGGACUCCAUAUCAUUGGGCGACGGCUGGAGUGUUAGCCGGCCGAAGCGCUGUGUGCACACUGACACACCAGUCCAGGACGGCUGUUCGAACAGCUGUUCUGUCCGCGACGUGUGAGGUUGUCCUGCUGUUAAUCGUGAUGCUCCUUGGGAGGGUGGAUCGUAUACGUGCAUUGCUGAGAACACCUGGUGGAUGUGAUUAAUUAAUGCUGAGCGUCCACUGGACGCGAUAUGCGGGAAUUGCGAGCGCCACAAAUGAAUGUGAUUGAAUGAUGCAUCCCAUUGUAUUGCGUGAACAUACUCCAACUGUAACAUUUCGCCAUUGACUACGUACUUGCACACGUUUUCUGCACAUCCACGGCCGAAGUUGGGCAUGCAAAGUUCUCGUGUGGUUGCAUGCACGCCAAGGUUAUAUGGGAUGAUUUUUGUACCUACUGCAGAAUUGUGACCAUAUUAACCUGUAAAUACAGUGCAGGAUUGUCCCA